AUGGAAGCAAUAACCACAUCCAAUAUUCGUCCAGCAAGCGCUAAUGCUGUCGUCAAUCUCGGUGACCAGCCAGCACUGCAACCAAUCUCCUCAGUUUUGAGUUCUAAUACUCUACCAGGCGUAGCGUCGCACGAUAUCUCCCAUGACAGGACAGUAGCAGCGGAUCGUCCCUACCCAUCGGUAACCACGGUCCGCCGGCUGGCCGAGAAGCAUCCAUCGGCCAAAGAUGAUCUUAUCGAACUUGCAGAUGCCCUCAAAAAUCUCGAGAAUUCACAUCAAAUACUCCUCCACUCUCGAUUGAAUAUCAUCGCCGAGAAAGAUCGACUCCUAGAGGAGAAGGAGAAAAUCAUCCAAGACUUUAACCGCCGACUAAAGAAACGAGAGAUCAUCAAGCAGAAUAUCAUCAAUCAGGUCAAGGCAGAGGCUGCGCGCAAGACAGAAGAGGAAGUUCAAGCACGGAUAUAUGUGGUCAACGAGAACUGCAAUACACUUCAUCUUGAAAAUGCUAUGCUUUUGGCUUCUGUGGAUGACUUGAAAGAGAGGUUGAGGUUGACUGUUGCUGGCUUGAAAAGAUCUUAUGGCGAGGUUUUGAAGGAAGACUCUAAGAUGGACACAUUCCCGACAGAUAAAGAGCCGCGUACCCCAGGGGAAAGUGAUACGAUCUUAGUGAUGAAGGACGUUGCGGAUACUCCGUUGCUUGAAUUUGCUUCCAAUGGUGUGGUUGAAGCACUUCUCCAGGGGUACGAGAAAAGUGUGCCAGCACACAAGAAGACUUACCGAAGCCCCUAUGCGUCAAACACAACAGCAAAACGCAGUCUUCUAUCGCCCGCUACGGAACAAGAAAAGAUAUCUUGCGCAGAGGGCGUGAGCUUUGACCAGUCAUAUGGUCCUUCAACCACACCCACUCCGAAAUAUAGCAGUCCUUAUGGCAACAAAGUGAACUCCAUUCAAGAUUCUUUCUUGACAACUGGUCACGUCGAAAAUCAUAGUCCAUACAACGAAAAAUCACUCACGGGAGAGAAAACUUCCCAGAUUUCAUCCGCCGAAGAUCAAGAGAAGAGCGAUGACACACAUCCAGAAGUUGACGUCGGCAUGCGUCAAGCAAUUCUACCAAGUGAUCAAAACCAGACGUCAUACCCAAAUAUCAGAGAGGUGAUGGAAGAUAUAGAUUGA